GAGCUAUGAAGGCAGGGAAGGAGGUCCUCCCGCGGGCGCUUCCGGACAGGAACUGGAAGGUACGCGCCUCUGUGCCUGAACUCUAUGGUUUCCAGCAAUCGCGCGGCCAGAGCGGCCUCUUCCGGAGUCUCUCGCGGCCGGACUUGGAAUGAGGUGAAAGUGAGUUGAUCUCUCCUUGCUUCUCUCUGGACUAAAAGGGAAUAACCAGAUUCCAAGUCUGUUUAACAUUUCCAAAGUAAUGAACAGAACCAUCAGAAUUAUACAGAGUCACCUAUUCUAUCACCAAACAGAACUAAGUGUGAAGCAGGUAAACACAACAACAACAACAAAAAACUAAACAGCCAGAAAGAGAGAAAAGACAGGAAAAAAGCUAGAAAAAGAAAAAUAUGCAAGUUCUCAGAAGGCCAAGGUUUAUGAAAUUGUGACAGCCCCCAGAAAGAAGGAAAGAAGGAAAGAACAUGUUCCACUGAGAAAAUGCAUUCCAGUGUACCUCGGAUUUGAACAAACAUAGAAUCAAGCUGAAGGAAAAACCAUAUCAAUAUAUGGAACAUGCAAAGAGUAUCAAAAUGAGCAGUAAUCUUAUUUCACAUGAAAAACUCCUGGUAGAGGCAAAGCAGUAUAAAUGUCUGCAAUGUGGAAAGAGCUUCAGCCAAAUCAGUCACCUAAGUACACAUCAAAGAACUCACACAGGGGAGAGACCAUAUAAAUGCAAGGAAUGUGGAAAGAGCUUCAAUCACAGCAGUCAAUUAACUUUACAUCAAAGAAUUCACACAGGGGAGAAACCAUAUGAAUGUAUUGAAUGUGGAAAGAGCUUCAGUCAAAGCAGCCAAUUAAGUUUACACCAAAGAACUCAUACAGGGGAGAAACCAUAUAAAUGCAUGGAAUGUGGAAAGAGCUUCAAUCGGAGUGACAGCCUGAUUUCACAUGAAAGUACUCACACAGGGGAGAAGCCAUUUGAAUGCACGGAAUGUGGAAAGAGCUUCAUUAACAGCAGUCAGUUUAGUUCCCAUCAACGUACUCACACAGGAGAGAAACCAUAUAUAUGCAUGGCUUGUGGAAAGUGCUUCAUUAACAGCAGUCAGCUACAUUCCCAUCAAAGAACACACACAGGGGAGAAACCAUACAAGUGCAUGGAAUGUGGAAAGAGCUUCAGCCGCAGUAGCAACCUUAGUACACACCAAAGAACUCACACUGGGGAGAAACCAUAUAAAUGCAUGGAAUGUGGAAAGUGCUUCAGUCAGAGUGGUCAGCUUAGUUCACAUCGCAGAACUCACACAGGGGAGAAACCAUAUGUGUGCAUGGAAUGUGGGAAGUGCUUCAGUUGCAGCAGCCACCUACGUUCACAUGAAAGAAUUCACACUGGGGAAAAACCCUAUAUAUGCAUGGAAUGUGGAAAGAGCUUCUGCUCAAUCAGUCACCUAAGUACACAUCUACGAACUCACACCGGUGAGAAACCAUAUAAAUGCAUUGACUGCGGAAAGAGCUUCAGCCACAACAGUACACUUACUUUACAUCAAAGAAUUCAUACUGGUGAGAAACCAUAUAAAUGCUUGGAAUGUGGAUUGAGCUUCAAUCGAAGUGACAGCCUUAAAUCACAUCAAAGAACUCAUACAGGAGAGAAGCCGUAUAAAUGCAUGGAGUGUGGAUUGAGCUUCAGUCACAGCAGUCACCUAAGUUCACAUCAAAGAACACACACAGGGGAGAGACCAUACAAAUGCAUGGAAUGUGGAAAGAGCUUCAGUAACAGCAGUCAAUUAAGUUUACAUCAAAGAACUCACACUGGGGAAAAGCCAUAUAAGUGCAAGGAAUGUGGAAAGAGUUUCAGUCAGAGUGGUCACCUAAGUUCACAUCAAAGAACACACACAGGGGAGAGACCAUACAAAUGCAUGGAAUGUGGAAAGAGCUUCAGUAACAGCAGUCACCUUAGUUCACAUCAAAGGACUCACACAGGGGAGAAACCAUAUACAUGCAUGGAAUGUGGAAAGAGUUUCAGUCACAGCAGUCAUCUAAGUUCACACCAAAGAACUCAUACUGGAGAGAAACCAUAUAAAUGUAUGGAAUGUGGAAAGAGCUUUGUUUACAGCAGUCAAUUAAGUUCACAUCAGAGAACUCACACAGGAGAGAAACCAUAUGAAUGCAUGAAAUGUGGAAAGAGUUUUGUUUACAGCAAUCAAUUAAGUUCUCAUCAAAGAACUCACACUGGUGAGAAACCAUACAAAUGCAUGGAAUGUGGACUGAGCUUCAAUCGGAGUGACAGCCUGAGUUCACAUCAAAGAACUCAUACAGGGGAGAAACCAUAUAAAUGCACCGAAUGUGGAAAGAGCUUCAAUCGGAGCGACAGCCUGGGUUCGCAUCAAAAAAUUCACACUGGAGAAAAACCAUAUAAAUGCACGGAAUGUGGAUUGAGUUUCAUUCGGAGGGAUAGCCUGAGUUCGCAUCAAAGGAUGCACACUGGAGAGAAACCAUUUGAAUGCAUGGAAUGUGGAAAGACAUUCAGAAAAAACAAUCAGCUUACUUCCCAUCAAAGAAUUCACAAACAACAAACCAAAUGAAUGCAUGGAGUGUGGAAAAAAGCUGCACCAAUGGCAGGACCUGCUUUACACCCAGGGGUGAAAGCACAUCAGCUGCAUUGAAAACAGAAGGAGCCGCAGUAAUAAUGGAAACCUUGUUAAAUGAGAAAAGUGUGGCUUUUAAAUUCUAAGUGCUAAUGUUUAAAUAUGUGAAAUAUGGAAAGGAAUGUCAGAUCCUACUGGGCACUCUUUUUUAAAUUGCCUUCCAGCAGAACCAUAUAAUUCACAGGAGCUUGUUCAUUGGUAACUGCUAACAAAAUAUUUUAGGUUUGUUGAUAGCCAGGGGAUACAAUUAGUUUUCACUUUGUUUAUAUUAUUUUAUUUUAUUGGAUACUUUGUAUUUAAUUUACACAUACAUCUGAUAUUGUUGAAUAAUUAUUCGUGUGUUGUCUUCAUCUUUUUGUGUUUCAUUUUUCCGCCGGCAAGCAAGCUUUGCAAACUUAUGCCAAAUUUACAUUGUGAUUUUCACAAAUAGGAAUUAACAAAAAUGGAGUAUUGUGGAAUACAGCAUAUGUGGUUAUAUCAUUUCAUAAUGGUUUCACAAAGCAGAGAGACAUGAUUAUGUUUUAAAUUGUCUACCGCAUCUAAAAUAACUCUUGGUAAUCCAAAAUGAAUAUAAGCAAAGAAAUGCAUGAGAGAGCUGCUGAGACAUCUCUGGAAGUUCAACUUUAGUUCCAUGGUAAUAUGCAUAAAAAUAGCCUGACUCCUUGCAGUCACAUAAAUAUUUCAGAAAACCUUUGAAACAUAAAAUCCGUAAGAGAAGAUAAAUCAUGACAUACUAAAGUUCAGCGGUGGCGAAUCGUUUUGGAGUCGUGUGCUGCCAGCACCAGUUGCUUCGGAUCUGCCUGCCGAAGCGCCAGCUGCAGCCGCCACCUGAGGUUUGGCUGUGCGGGAGGAGUAGCAAUCUGGCGACCUAUGGCUCGUGUGCCAGCAGAAAGGGCUCCGCGUGCCAGCUGUGGCAUGUGUGCCGUAGGUUUGCCAUCACUGCUAUAGUUUAACAUAGCACUUAGCAUCAAAAGCAACAUGUCCUCACCCAGCAUAAUCAGUAUUCUAAAUAAGGCUGUCAUCCUUAUCUCUCUCGCUCAUUUUCAUGAAUGAGAGCUUUUUUGGCUAUAUAUAGUUAACUCUAAAUGAUUACUUUUGUUGCUGGCUGGGUAAGGCUGUUGCAGAUCAGUGGGACAUUUUAUCUCUUGGUUCAGGGCCGAUUGCUAAUCAGCAAGGCAGUAACAACAGAUAUAAACAGCUCUGCCUUUUUAUCAAACAAGAAAUAUAUAUAACAUAUAGGUGUCUGCGACGACCAUCCCACAUCACUCAUGCCAUUCAUAGUCAUGAGCUUAUGAGAGGACUGGAGAGAAAAUAGGUAGAGAAGGC